UGGUGGUGGGAGUGAGGGCCUGACAGUAGUGUUGGAGCCAGCCAGCACGGUAGACACACGCCUCGCAGCAGCUAACACAGGAUCGGAGGAGCGCCUAUCUGACGGUGGCCUUGCGAUUGCUUAGAUUCACGAGGUGUUAGGACUGGUUCUUAGGGACUGUGUCAGUGUCUCGCGUAAACUGCAAUAUUCUUGGAUUUAUCACGCGUAUCUGGAGCAAGAUGGGAGAAGGUGGCGGAAGCAGCAGCUGGAGACGAAUGCCCACACAGGUGGGGGUGGCGCUGCUGUGGGUGGCUGUGUGGGCGGCGGUACCAGUUACCUGUGCCCCACACCCAGACUCCUCAGAUAACGACACGCCCACACGUGACAACGCUCUGGAAAUGUUGGUCAUAACUCCCAGAGCUUCUCCUCUCCCUAGCAUAGUUGUUGUUACAGGAGGCUCUAGUGCUGGCUCCAGUGAAGACCUCGUCAACUACUACCUUCCAGUUAUAAUGGCUGAGAUGGCUGCCCCUGUCUCAACCAGAGAUCCGUCUAUCAUCCGGGUGAGCUGCCGGCAAGGGUUCCACGAGGAUCCCGUUGGGGGUUGCCGGCCAGUCUUCAACCCUACACCCUACUUCCCUCACAGCCCGCGACCCAACAGACACACGAGCGUGGCCAGCAUCCUGCCCAGCAUACGGUCACCAUCAAGAAUACCUCGCCCGGAGGUCCAAACACAGCGGGAACUCAUACGACAGUUCAACAUCUCCAGAAGACCUUCUUGGUUUGGGCGCAGCUUGACAGAGCCAAAGGGUCCCGAAAGUAGUAAAACUCCCUCUUCCAGACUGGAACAAGUUUUGAUGCCGAUGCCAGUCACUACCACCACCACCUCAACCACCACCACAACACCCACCACGACGCCCUCCACCAUCACGCCUAGCACCACAACGCUUGACUGCGAUGACUAAAGGUGAAUCGUAAGUUUCCCUUGAGAGGAUACAGGGAGACGACUGGACCAGUAUUCAACUCCGGGACACGCCCCGGUAGUGAUGUAUUACAAGAUGUUAUUUUUAUAGUAUUCUUCUACAGAUGUGGGAAGAAGCUUGUGUGAUGAACUGAUCAACGAUAUCGAGGUCAUACAAACUAUUUAGCUUUUAGAUAUUUUUAACAAAAAGAGAAAAGCAGUGUAAAAGGUUUUAGGGUACUCGAGUGACUGACAUGUAUCGCAUCCCUCAUGUCAACACAAAAAUCUCUCGUAAUCCAAAAUUCCUCGUAUUAAUAUUUUUAAGUUAGACUCUUGACUCAGUGGCACAGCUCAUCUAGAGUGAACAUACUUCGAGUAACACUGAAGUAUCAGCGUAAAGAGCUUGUUACUGCUUGGUAUAUACUUCAAGUAGUACUGAAGUAUCAGCCUAGGAAAAUGACACUUGAGGCAGACAAGGAGGGAGGCAGACAAGGAGGGAGGCAGACAAGGAGGGAGGCAGACAAGGAGGGAGGCAGACAAGGAGGGAGGCAGACAAGGAGGGAGGCAGACAAGGCGGGAGGCAGACAAGGAGGGAGACAGCAGAGGAAAGCGGCAAGUAAGAUAGGAAUACCUUUCUACAGAAAAUGAAAUAAAUAGGAUAAAAAAUAUUUGAACUCUUGUUUGUCAUGGAUAAUGUUAAUGUACAAGCCUUUAGUUACUUAUAGCAUAAGUUACUUAAAGCAGUCAUACUUAUUUGAAAAGCUAAACCCCGUGAGAAUCAUUAGAGUUGUGGAGGCUCGAUCGUCCAUCCGCUGAUCGUGAGACAAGUCCGCUUCGUGUCCUUAACAAUCUGCCUCUGAGAGUCGAGUAUACUUCAGGUAUGAAAGAAUUAAGAAAGAUUCAGGUUUGCAAUGGAAGGCCUGUAAUUCAGCCCUUAAGUCAAGCAAGAUCACGAGAACUUGUAUGAUAAUAAGCCAUAGGUCAAGCAGGGACACAAGAACUUGAAAGAUAACAGGCACAAGUCAAUACAACUUGUAAGGUAACAGGAAUAGGUUAAGCAAAUUAAGACAACUUGUAAGAUAACAGGCCAUAAGUUAAGCAAGGUCAAGACAACUUGUAAGAUAACAGGGCAUAAAUUAAGCAAGGUCAAGAAAACUUGUAAGAUAACAGGUUAUAAAUUAAGCAAGGUCAAGACAAAAUACUAACAUGUAGGCUAAUAUAAAGACAAUUAUUGUAGAACUAGUCUAUAUUAAACAACAUUUAGCUCAUCAGUGACCUGAGCAAGUCUAUCAGCCAACAUUUUGCUCAUAGGUAUCGCUAUCAAACCAUGCGAUAACUUAGAAAAGCUCAUUGGGCGAAACGUGUCCUGCCAUUUCCCCCCAACAGGGGUUCGUUCUGUUCACCUGUGAAUUAAAGGCUGUGUAACAAAGGUUCUCUCUACUACAAGUGUUCGUGUACUCUUCUUUCUACCUCUUCUUCCUUUCUCUUAUUCUUCUUUAUCUUAUCAAGAAUAUAAAGAUGAGACAAGAGUUUUUUUUUUUUGUUCCGAUUUUUUUUUCUUAUUUAUUUCAUCAUAAUUUCUUUUCUAUACACAGAGAGGUUGAUACGUCAAAAAUAUUCCUCUGUGGAAUAUAGAAAUACAAUUACAUAGUUACCAGAAAACCAAUGAUCUAACAAUAUGAAAAAGGAUUCACUACAGUGGAAAAAUACAUAUAGAAAUCUUGGUACAAAAAUAUAUUAAGUUGUUUUAUAAAUCUAUUGUACACAGUGCAAUUUUUUUUUGCAUAUGUAAUAGGACAAACAUAUCUUAAAUUGAACAGUAUUGACUAUCCAAUUUUGAAUGAUAUUUUCAAUUGCAUUUGCAAAAAAAAACCGUAGUAUAUGGAAGACCUUUAUAAUAUAGCUUACUGUAUCUGUAUAUAAACAAACUAUAUAAACAAAUUAUGAAUAAAAAAUGAUUUCAUAUAACGAGACCAUUGCUCAGGUGCUAAAUACUAAUAAUACAUGCAGAGAUAUGAAGACUCUGUAUUGUUGUUGCAUUUUGUGUCCAGUUAUCUGCUCAGUAAUAGUAACGAGAUUCACCUAAAUUCGUUCGUGUUGAGUGUAAAAAUAUGAUGCACCCUGGACUAAACUGUGUCCUUAAAACCCUCUCAUCACUACAACUCAAAAUCUCACAGAAAAUUAUAUUAUUAUAAUAGAACAAAACAGCGUUUCAGGGAGUCUACUGCAGAUUAUAUGAUUAAUUAUGAAUUUAAUUUUGAAGAGCACUUUUAACUAUUUUUUUUUCAUAUUUUAGAGAUCAAAUUUACAAAUAUUAUUGUUGAGCUGUUUUCAAGGUCGUCGUCCUCAGUGAGCCAUGUUACCAAUAGUGUGUGUGUGUGUGUGUGUGUGUGUGUGUGUGUGUGUGUGUGUGUGUGUGUGUGUGUGUGUGUGUGUGUGUGUGUGUGUGUGUGUGUGUGUGUGUGUGUGUGUGUGUGUUCGUUACGUGUUUUGUUUUCGUCUAAUGUAUUUAAUAUUGACUCUUUUAAGAUCUGAUUUCGUCAACCUUCUAUAGAUUUUGUGACAGCAAAUCUGGUAUCUGAAAGAGUGGUUCAGUUACUGCUGCUGGGCUGUAGGGUGUCGGGGAAAAGGGAGAUGCUCUCUGUCUUGGUAUUCUCUAAAUCUCUCAUUUUUUUACCCAAUUAAUAAUUAAAGUUCACUCCUUUCACCACUGAUGUCCCACUAAGGGGAAAAAAACUUAUCAAUGUCUAAAUUCACUAUCUCACUCGUCCUUAUUAAAAUUACAAUGAAACUGUCCGGUGUGUGCUUUUCUAAUACCACUUUCAGACAAUUUGUAUUAAAUUUAUUCGAUUAAAAUUAUGAAAUAAUACAAUACCCUCCCUUCUCUUUCUGUGUACAUUACCAUAGCUAUUUUUGUGAAGUUUUGUGUAUAAAGUUCUUCUUUAUUUUUGUACUGAUCAAAGAUUUCUG